ACAGCUUGGUGGGUGCAGGCUCGCGCGGUUCCCUAAGCCGGGAGGCGGAGAGCUUCCGAAAUGGCGGUGCAGCCGAAGGACACGCUGCAGCUGGAGAGCGCGGCCGAAGUCGGCUUCGUGCGCUUCUUCCAGGGCAUGCCGGAGAAGCCGACCACUACCGUGCGCCUUUUCGACCGGGGCGACUUCUACACGGCGCACGGCGAGGACGCGCUGCUGGCCGCCCGGGAGGUGUUCAAGACCCAGGGGGUGGUCAAGUACAUGGGGCCGGCAGGAGCAAAGACUCUGCAGAGUGUUGUGCUUAGUAAAAUGAAUUUUGAGUCCUUUGUAAAAGAUCUCCUUCUAGUUCGUCAAUAUAGAGUUGAAGUUUAUAAAAAUAGAGCUGGAAAUAAGGCCUCCAAGGAUAAUGAUUGGUAUUUGGCAUUUAAGGCUUCUCCUGGCAAUCUUUCCCAGUUUGAAGAUAUUCUCUUUGGUAACAAUGAUAUGUCCUCUUCCAUUGGUGUUGUGGGUGUUAAAAUGUCCACAGUUGAUGGUCAAAGGCAAGUUGGAGUUGGAUAUGUUGAUUCCAUCCAGAGGAAGCUAGGACUGUGCGAGUUCCCGGAUAAUGACCAGUUCUCCAAUCUUGAGGCUCUCCUGAUUCAGAUUGGACCAAAGGAAUGUGUUUUACCGGGAGGAGAGACUGCUGGAGACAUGGGAAAACUGAGACAGGUUAUUCAGAGAGGAGGAAUUCUGAUCACAGAAAGAAAAAAAGCUGACUUUUCUUCAAAAGACAUUUAUCAGGAUCUCAACCGGUUGUUGAAAGGCAAAAAAGGAGAACAAAUGAAUAGUGCUGUGUUGCCAGAAAUGGAGAAUCAGGUUGCAGUUUCAUCGUUAUCUGCAGUAAUCAAGUUUUUAGAACUCUUAUCUGAUGAUUCAAAUUUUGGACAAUUUGAACUGACAACUUUUGACUUCAGCCAGUACAUGAAAUUGGAUAUUGCAGCUGUCAGAGCCCUUAACCUGUUUCAGGGCUCUGUUGAGGAUACUAGUGGCUCUCAGUCUCUGGCUGCGUUGCUAAAUAAAUGCAAAACCCCUCAAGGACAACGACUGGUUAACCAAUGGAUUAAGCAGCCUCUCAUGGAUAAGAACAGAAUAGAAGAGAGGUUAAAUUUAGUGGAAGCUUUUGUAGAGGAUGCAGAAUUGAGGCAGAGUUUACAAGAAGAUUUACUUCGUCGAUUCCCAGAUCUUAAUCGACUUGCCAAGAAAUUUCAAAGACAAGCAGCAAACUUGCAAGAUUGCUAUAGGCUCUAUCAGGGUAUAAAUCAACUCCCAAAUGUUAUACAGGCUCUGGAAAAAUAUGAAGGAAAGCACCAGAACUUGUUGCUGGCAGUUUUUGUGACUCCUCUUAUUGAUCUUCGUUCUGAUUUCUCCAAGUUUCAGGAAAUGAUAGAAACAACUUUAGACAUGGAUCAGGUGGAAAACCAUGAAUUCCUUGUGAAACCUUCAUUUGAUCCUAAUCUGAGUGAAUUAAGAGAAGUAAUGGAUGACUUGGAAAAGAAGAUGCAGUCAACACUAACAAGUGCAGCCAGAGAGCUCGGCUUGGACCCUGGCAAGCAAAUUAAACUAGAUUCCAGUGCACAGUUUGGAUAUUACUUUCGAGUAACCUGUAAGGAGGAAAAGGUCCUUCGUAACAAUAAAAACUUUAGUACAGUAGAUAUCCAGAAGAAUGGUGUUAAAUUUACUAACAGUAAAUUGUCUUCUUUCAAUGAAGAAUAUGCUAAAAAUAAAGCUGAAUAUGAGGAGGCCCAGGAUGCCAUUGUUAAAGAAAUUGUCAAUAUUUCUUCAGGCUAUGUAGAACCAAUGCAGACCCUCAACGAUGUGCUAGCUCAGCUUGAUGCUGUUGUCAGCUUUGCUCAUGCGUCCAAUGGAGCACCUGUUCCAUAUGUACGACCAGUCAUUUUGGAGAAAGGGCAAGGAAGAAUUAUAUUGAAAGCAUCCAGACAUGCUUGUGUUGAAGUUCAAGAUGAAGUUGCAUUUAUUCCUAAUGAUGUGCACUUUGAAAAAGAUAAACAGAUGUUCCACAUCAUUACUGGUCCCAAUAUGGGAGGCAAAUCAACGUAUAUUCGCCAGACUGGGGUGAUAGUACUUAUGGCCCAAAUUGGGUGUUUUGUGCCAUGUGAAUCAGCAGAAGUGUCCAUCGUGGAUUGCAUCCUGGCUCGGGUAGGGGCUGGUGACAGUCAGUUGAAAGGCGUCUCGACGUUCAUGGCUGAAAUGUUGGAAACUGCUUCAAUCCUCAGAUCUGCAACUAAAGAUUCUUUAAUAAUCAUAGAUGAAUUGGGAAGAGGGACCUCUACCUACGAUGGAUUUGGGCUAGCAUGGGCUAUAUCAGAUUAUAUUGCAACCAAGAUCGGGGCUUUUUGCAUGUUUGCAACCCAUUUUCAUGAACUCACUGCCUUGGCCCAUCAUAUACCAACAGUUAAUAAUCUACAUGUCACAGCCCUGACCACUGAAGAAACCUUAACCAUGCUUUAUCAAGUGAAGAAAGGUGUCUGCGAUCAAAGCUUUGGGAUUCACGUUGCAGAGCUUGCUAAUUUCCCUAGGCAUGUAAUAGAAUGUGCUAAGCAAAAAGCCCAGGAACUUGAGGAGUUUCAGAAUAUUGGAGAAUCACAAGCAUAUGAUGGAAUGGAGCCAGCAGCCAAGAAGUGCUACCUGGAAAGAGAGCAAGGAGAAAAAAUUAUUCAGGAGUUUCUAUACAAGGUGAAGCAAGUGCCCUUUACUGAAAUGUCAGAAGAAAACAUCACAAUAAAGUUAAGACAGCUAAAAGCUGAGGUGAUAGCAAAGAAUAAUAGUUUUGUAAAUGAAAUCAUUUCACGAAUAAAGGUUACAUGAAAGUACCACCAAUGAGAUGAAGCUAAUAUUGAUAAGCUAUUGUCUGUAAUACUUUUGUAUUGUUUUCUAUUAAUGCUUUUUCCAUAGUGUUGACUACUGAUGCCUAUGGGCUAUAAACUUAAAAUACUUAGUAAUACUUUGCUCUGAGUUCAUUUUCAGAGAUCCUUAUUUUGAAAAAUGAGAGCUGUACUGAGGACUAUUUAAAAAGACGUGGGCAAUAGUAAGAAAUAUGCUGAAUUUUAUAAAUAAAAUCAUGUAGUUUGAGAAUUUGA